ACUCUUUGUACCUCUUACCCUGCACCUCCGAAAAUUAUAUCCGGAAUCCAAAACAAUGUCUAAGCUCUCCACCUUUUUCAUUGCUGCCCUUCUUCUCAAUUUUAUGCUGAGUUAUGCUGCUCGGCCCGAGCCUGCUUUACCCUUAACCCAACACAAGGGAUUUGAGGCAGAGAAAGUUGAUGUUGAUGAGAACUGUGAAGGAGUAGGCAAAGAUGAGUGCUUGAUGAGAAGAACCCUUGCUGCUCAUGUGGAUUAUAUUUAUACUCAGCAUCACAAGCCAUGAAGUUGAAAUUGUUGUAGGAGAUAAUGAAAAAAUGGUUCAAUUAUAGCCUCAAACCAUAAAUAAAUUAUGUUUCCUGUUCAUGUUGGCUUGAUUGAGUAGAUGGCUUAGCUAGUUUAGUUUCACAGUCGGUAUGGUUUUGCAUUGAUCUAGAUUUUUAAUGGAUAAUUCAAUGUUUUUUUU